UCCAGGUACAACCCAUCUGGCAUUUCUUGAUCUCUAAGGUUCUCGCCCAGAGAUCAGAAAUACAAACAUGGCUGCAUCCGGUGGUGCGUGGGCUCCAGUAGCCUUACGCUUCAUCCGCGUAGCCACCAAGAACGCAUCGAAGAUGAUACGCAACAAGCUCUCGUCGGGCGCUGUCAGGGUACAGCCUGUCCAACUCCGGAAUGCAUCUUCCAAAGGACAGCCGAUUCACCCUGCUGCCUUUCUCCGCCAGAAGCGCUCUGGACGAUGGUAUUCCACUCAAACCUACCAAAAUGCACAGAACGUGGUUCGGAGAUGGAUCUCCUCCGGGACUUCCGGCCCGGCCGCCCCUCGUUUCGACAGGACCAAGUUCCCAACGUCCAACACGGCUCGUCAAGUCGCUCAGGGCACAGGACGUGCUCCUUUUGCCAGUACACUCCGACCCAAUCUGACGGGUGGCGCGAUGCCACGCACGCAGGGCGGAUACAGCAUCGGCGGCGGAGCGCGGUACUUCUCGCACACCCCCGCAGCGCCGGCCCAGGUGAUGCAGAACGUCGGCGUCGCGAUGCGCGCCUUCCUCCUAUCGGGGAAGAAGGCCCGCUUUGACGGACUCAACGAGCGCGGCGACAAGCGGUACAAGGCCGUCUCGGCGCUCGAGCACGAAGUCGGGUGUAAGAUGGCCCGCCUCUCCCGCUUCGCGCCCGGGUCCUACGUCGACUUCCAGCUGAGCCCCACCAUCACGGCACUCAGCCCGCUCGCGGCGGCGUUCCCUUUCCCCUCGGCGCCUGCGGCGAUGGACGAGGCCGCUGCGACUCUCAACCAGGAGGGCUUCCUCGACGUCCUGUCGGAGGACUUUGGCCGGGCGUUGAAAGACUUGGCGACCAUUUUCGCGGACCUUAGACGCUUGGCUGUCUUGGGAGACUUGCCGGUCACUUUGGAAAAGUCGCACACCGUUCGGGUGCGAUUCCCGGGGGUCGACGCCGAAACGGCGGAGCGGCUCUGCGAGGACGUGGGCCUGCAGCGUGGUGUCAUCUGCCAAGAUGCCGACUUUGACGCUAGCGGCGGCGUUUCGAUGGCGCUUCGGUUCCCGUUCGCACCCGACAACGAGGCGGCUGACAAGACCAUCACGUCCCCGGGCGGCUCCACACGGUCCCUGUCUGGAUACGAAGAUGCCUUUGUCGAAGGGGCCGCUUUUCAAGAUGAGGUCGAGGAUGGUAUGUUUGGAGACGGCUUUACGGAAGCGGAAGUGGCGAAGAAUCCGUGGCUCUCUGACCCUGAACCUGAAGGGUACGAGAGCAUGUCUCCGUCGCCCACGCUCAGUUCGGGAACACACUGCUCGCAGGAUUCUGACGGCGUAGAGGGGAUCUACCGUUUUCUCGAGGAGUGUAACAGGGCACGGAACCAAUUCUGAGUGGUAAGCGCCGCCUAAUAACAUGGUUUAUUUGGGGAGAGUACUUGUGUCCGGGAGUUCGGUCGUGACAGUUACGUGGAGAAGAUGAAGAUGGAGGAUCAUGGCUUGUAUAACAGAUAACAGAUACCACAGAUAUUUGGCUAUGUCGAGUUUCUGGCCUGUAGCCUGCCUGCUCAAUGGCA